GUUGACAUGCUUUACAAUACGAUCCAAAUAAAGUAUUAAGGUUAAUUUAAAUGAUGUUUCAUCGCCGUUUUUAGUGAGUUCAGGCGAAUUACCCAGAGUGAUGUCCCCAAAACAUUCAAGUUUGCCCUGUUACUGAUAUCGUCGACGUUCCUUGAACGCCUCACGCCCUCGCGCCGUGAUCCGGAUGUAGAUUGUCUCAAUUCCUCGCUCUCUUCUUCCUCGUUCUCCCCUCUGCAGCAAACGCGUAUGAACGGCCUCCUAAAAUCCACGUUCAUCCGUCGUUUUUAUGCUACAACACUUUUUAAACAGUGAUUUUAUAAAAACGAAGUCCAGAUUAUUGACCAUGGAGUUUUAUGGCUGGCUAGCUCGCUUCUAAUUGGCUAGAAGGGCUCUCCUCUGAUUGGUUAUUUGGUUUGGCCGUGAAACGUCAUCUCUCCAUGGUGUGUGUUAUUUGAUCCUCUCUACCGCCAACAGAAGUAAACUAUGUACCUAAACAGUGCGUCACACUGUCUACUUAUAAUCCAGGUUCACAUUUUCAUAGCCUGUUUAGAUUAGUCCUAGAUGUUUGAGUGAGUCUUGUGAUGAGAGAGUGAGACAUAUUGGGGACGUGUGUGUUACUGUGGGUCAGACUAACCCGCAAACACUGAGGGUAAAUGGACUGUACAGUAACUUAGAGCCACACAGUAACGUGUGUGAUGCUAAUGUGCUGAUCCGUCUCAUCUUCUAUAGAAGCAAGCCAUCAUAUUAGCUAUUUCAAGCCAUGGAGGUUAAGUGUCGCUGGUGUCAUAUUUGUGCAAAGGAGAACUUGGAGAACAUCAUACCAGAUCAUCUCCAGCAACUUCUGCCCGAGGGGCACUGCCAUUUUAUUUGCACCUACAAGCCAGUGGAGAGGGGUUUUACAGCCUGUAUAAAACUUCAACUUGCCACCAGAGAGGAGGCAGAGGUCUGGUUGGAGGACUUUCAACGGUCCUCAAGAGUGACCUUGACGGUGGACAAAACCUAUCCUAUUACCAAGGAUACAGUUCGGCGAAACAGCUAUCGAGUUGACAUGAAGUGCCAGCACAAUACAAGGCAGACGCGCUCCUCAAAAACAAACACACACUGUCCUGCUGUGCUCUACCUUGUGCUGAAAAAGCACAGGCAUAGCCAGAACAGGAAGUCCAGAUCGAGUGAUACUCAUAUUCAGGAGGGUUUAUUGUUGCAUGUGACCGUCAAACAUCACCACAACCACUCCCUUGGCUGUUCCGAGGCCUUACAGCAUCGGGAUGAGGCCAGAGAGACCGUGGAGAAGCUGGAGAAACUUUUUCAGAGUGGGCAAUCACCCUCCUCACCCCGAAACACCCUGAAAUAUGAACUCCACGAGGAGCAGGGCGAUUCAUAUGUGUGUGCCUCUGCAGAUGGGUCCAUUUGUCCUGACGUCCAAUUUGGCUCUGGAGCUGCAGAAACGUCAUCUCCAAGUGAGUCGGUAGCUGAGCAUCUCAAAGGUCGUCUCAGAUCCAUGUUUGAUGACCUCGUGGACAAGCUCGAAAAGGAUCUGACCUUCCAAGCCCCGAUAGAAUCUCUUGUGUCAUCCUACGAGAACAUUCAUACUGACAGCGGCCUGAUCUCAGCACUGUCUACGUUUGGGAAGAUGAGGAGUGCUGCUGCUGCUGCUGCUGCUCCUGCUGCUGCUGCUGCUGCUGCUGCGAGUAACAUCAAAAUGCAGCCGAGAAAGCGUCUGCAAAUGAGCACGCAAAUAGGUGUGCGGCCGACAGCUGUCGCUUGCCGUAAGACUCCGCUGGGGGGCAGACGGGCGCUCGUCACUGGUCGACCUCCAAAAAGAGCCCGGAGGGAACAACCGUGAGAAGGUGAAAGAGGGGAGUGGUGCACUGCCAAGAAGAAUGCUGUGUAUAUGAACCCUCAACUGACUGUUGAGAAAGCAUCGAGACAAAGUGGCUGUAAAAAUGGAAGUUUCAGUACUGUCCUGUCGAGAAGCCAUUCUCAAACUUAUAGUAGAGUGAAGUGAUCAUCAUGUGAUCAUGAUAUCUCUUAUGAAUCAUUUUCCAAUCAUCUUGCAGAUGUUUCCAAUCUAAAGAACACAUCAGGUUCUAUAAACUGUGAUCCCACAACUAACGAGAUGUGUUCCACUUUUUAAAAUAAUUCCACAGGCUGUGAACGAAAUAAACAAAAUAAUUUAACCAGG